AUGAGCAUCUCCAAUGACGGCCAGAUGGCCAGCCAUGACAACGACAUGAUCAUCACUGGAGACGGCAAGAUCAUCAUUGACGUCGAUGAGUUGACCUCUGAAGUCGACAAGAUGAGCACCGACGACAAGAUCAGCACCGACGAUGACCCCUCCAAUCGUGACCCUGCCAAUAUCACCCAGGUAUUGCCUAAUGCCAACUAUGCACCGCUCCACAAGACUUCGUCCAAGCCGUACAUGCCAUUCGACGUUAUUCACUUGAUCGCGACGCACAUGGAUAGCGCUGUUGAGGUCGGCAAGAUGCGCUUGGCCAGCAAGGACUUCUGUUGCGCAGCCUAUACCCCCUUCAUGAAGUUGAUCGGCGAGGGCAGGACCAUCUAUCCUAGGUAUGACUGCUUUGGCAAAUUCCUUUCUCUUUUGGCCGCCAAUCCCAAGUUGGGGGUUCACGUACGCAACAUCACGCUGGUCUCCGAGGGACUGAGGGAGCACGAGUAUCGGUCCAUGUGGGCAUGGGAGUUUCUCGAGGAUAAGCUGGAUCUCCCCAAGUUCUCGGUCGAAGACACGGACAUCAUCAACGAGGUCAACUACCUUCACGCCGAAGAAGCCGUCGACAACGCAGCUUUCCUCAACACCGGCGGCUAUCGCACCAUGUUGACGAGGCUUCUGAGUCGUCUUCCUCGUCUCGAGACAAUCACGAUCCGCAAGUUGCGCCAGGGCGAGCAUACACCAGGCUGGACGGGACCGAACCUUCUGCAGGGACUGAGCUUCUACCGCCCAGACUUGGACACCAACGACAUCUACUACGGCGACUGGAAAUAUGAUUCUCUGCACAACCGCAUCACCGAGUACAUCGACGAGUUUGGCGAGGAGUUCAAGGAGGAGGACGCUGGCCCACAGGCUUCCUUCCAAGAGGACUUUGACGCGGCAUUCUUGGCAAGCGGCACCAUGGCGACUGUUGUGGAGGUUUGA